AUGACGGACAGCGGCGGCCUUGGCGUUCGGCCUAUUAACGGAGGCCGAGGGGGUGCCGUGGAGCAGCGUGGGCUCGGCGACAACGGGCCUCCAGUGUCCCCACCAGAGCGUGUUUGUACGCCGCCUGCGCCGAGGCUGGCUGCUUGGCGGCGCAUGUCAUCGCCUGGUCCUCUCCGGUGCUCAACCCCGAGGAGCAUUGGGUGUGAAGAGGGUGAGGAUUUGGAUCGGUACUUUUCCCCCCAGAGUGAGUUUUCUCAAGACACUUCUCAUACGGAUUCGAUGAGCACAAGUAUUAGUAGGAUGUAUACCUUCCGGUUGGGGACUUCAAGCCCAUUAGAUAGUCCUAUCAAACAAUUGGGAGUAGGAGACACAAGUCCUCCCUCAAGGAGGGGUUGCCAUUCUCCUAGCUAUCCUUGGAAUUCAUGCCGGGGAUCAGAUGAUGUUGAUUCUAGUUUUAUGAAUUCACCUUGGCAUGAUGAUGAACAGAGGAAAGAUGAUGUGCAACCAAUUGAUUUUGAGAGUAGACACAUCUGGUAUCCUCCACCACCUCAGGAUGAAAAUGGUACUUUUCAAUAUGAUGAGGACGAUGACAAUGAUGAUUGUGAUGGGAAGGUCUUUGGACAUGUUAACCAUGAUUAUUGCGAUGGCGAGGAUGAUGAUGAUAAUGAUGAUGAUGGACAUGGCAUUGAUCCCAUGGAUGGCUGGCCAGACAUAGUAGCCUCAUUAGCUUGGCAAGCAGCUACCUUUGUCAGGCCAGAUACAAGCAAGGGUGGUAGCAUGGAUCCCACAGACUAUGUCAAAGUCAAAUGCGUAGCAUCAGGAAAUCCAAAUGAUAGUGCUUUCAUUAAAGGUGUUGUCUGUUCUAAGAAUGUAAAACAUAAACGUAUGGUGUCAAAACAUGAGAACCCUAGGUUGCUUCUUUUGGGAGGAGCACUGGAAUACCAGAAAGCCACGAACAAACUAGCUUCAAUAAACAGCAUUCUUGAACAGGAGAAGGAGUAUCUUAAGAAUGCUGUUGCAAAGAUAGAGUCUCAACGCCCACAUGUCUUGCUAGUCGAGAAAAGUGUGCCAUUGCAUGCGCAACAGCUUCUUGCAAAAGAUAUAUCUUUAGUAUUGAACGUCAAGAGAUCACUUCUGGAAAGAAUAUCUCGCUGCACAGGUGCUCAAAUUGCGUCUUCUGUUGAAAAUAUCACUUCUACUGGAGUUGGACAAUGCCAAACAUUCUGGAUUGAGAAAGUUACAGAAUGUUCAUCACCAAAGGUCUCAAACAAAAAAACAGUCAAGACACUGAUGUUUUUUUAUGGUUGUCCAAGACGCUUGGGGUGCACGGUUCUUCUAAGAGGAAAGUCAUAUGAAGAGUUAAAGAAAGUCAAACUUGCUGUGCAGUAUGCUUUAUUUGCAGCAUACCACCUGUCACUUGAGACCUCAUAUCUUGCUGAUGAGGGUGCAACACUUCCAAAAGUCCCCUCAGAUCUUCAAUUUGAGAAGCAAAAUUCUUCCUCAAGAUACUAUCAGCAGAAUUUGAAUGAAUUUCAAACCAUUGAAGGGGAAACUUUUGGAAGUGGAUGCAUCAUGCCUUGCCUUAAUGGUUCUGCAAAUCAAUCUCAUUCAAGAGAUGACAUAAUUCACGAGGAACAUGCACACUGUCAUUCAAGAGCUGACUUAAGUCAGGAAGAAUAUACUUGUGGAACCAUUAAGGUAUACCCUUAUUCCACAGAAGCUUCAAUGUAUGGCAGCUGUAUUCCACCUGUAUGCAUGACUGUUCAGACACCUAAAAGUUCACUUGCCAGUGUGAGAAAAAGGACACCAGGAAAUUUAUAUUUUCCCCAUAAUGGUCACAUAGAUGAAGCAGGUGGUGGAAUGUCAAAGGUUGAUAGUGACUUCCUUGACUUGGACAAUGGUUGGAAUCAUAUCUCAGAUGAAGAUUCUGUAGCAAUACGUGAUCACAAUGGGAAUCACAACGAAUACUUCCCAACAUCUGACAGUCCACAGAGCAUUUUGGUUUCCUUGUCAGUUGCAUGCCCUCUGAGAGGAAUUGUAUGCAAGCAAUCUCAGCUAUUUCGGAUAAAGUUCUAUGGUACUUUUGAUAAGCCACUUGGAAGGUAUUUUCGUGAAGAUUUAUUUGUUCAGACUUCAUGCUGCGAAUCUUGCAAGGAGCCUGCAGAAUCUCAUGUGCGAUGUUACACUCAUCAACAAGGCAGUCUCACAAUCAGUGUGAGAACUCUUCCAUCUGUCAAGCUACCUGGGGAGCUUGAUGGGAAGGUAUGGAUGUGGCACAGGUGUCUCAGGUGCAAACCAAAAGAUGGAAUUCCUCCAGCCACACAAAGGAUAGUCAUGUCAGAUGCAGCACGCGGAUUAUCUUUUGGGAAGUUUCUGGAACUUAGCUUUUCAAAUCACACAACAGCCAAUCGAAUUGCCUGCUGUGGACACUCCCUCCAGAGGGACUGCCUUCGUUUUUAUGGGCUUGGGAGCAUGGUUGCUGUCUUCCGUUAUUCACCAGUAGACAUUCUUUCUGUCAACUUGCCAUCCUCAGUACUGGACUUUGCUUAUCCAAAAGCUCAAGAUUGGGUCAUCAAAGAAGCUGUUGAUGUAUGCGCUAGGAAGGAACAUCUAUAUAGGGAAAUUGUUGUUAAACUUGACUGCAUUGAAAAGAUAGUUAAAGACCAGAACAUUGGUAUGAAGUCAGGCUUGCAUAAACAUGUUGCCGAUCUUAAGGAGUUGGUUAAAGUUGAGUGGAAGAAGUAUGACGUUGUAUCAGGGUUUUCUAUCAUAGAUGACUUGCUGACAUUUGAACCAUAUAUAGAUGUUCUAGAGCUCAAUCGCCUGAGGAGAGAGCUUGUACUUGAUAUUCACGUAUGGGAUCGGAGACUGUACAUGAUGCACUCCCUCACGAAAGAAAACUGUUGUACUGUGCCAAAUGAUGCACAAUGUUCUGAGAAGCUUACUGAAAGCUUAUUAGAACAAUCAAAGGAUGUGACAUCUAGUAAACAUUUGAAUGUUGAGAAUUCUCUAGAACAGAAUGAACCAAGUACGUUGGAAGUGGCUGCAGUUUCAGUGAAAUCAUCCCCUAUGACAGAACAAACCAACACUAGUGUUUCACAUUUGGGAUUGGAAACCAACAUUAUGGGUGAUGUAUCCAUGCAUUCUGGCUCAACUGUUAUCAGCUUUGCCCCAGGCCCAUGUGAAAUGCAGAGUGAAGGAGUGCUGGCUGAACUAGAAGCUGGAAAGACUUUGCAGAAAUCACAAUCUUCUGCCUCCAAUCUUUCUGACAGAAUUGACUUAGCAUGGACUGGUUCUGGUCAGUUUGUUAACGAUUCAUCAAGUAGCAUGGAGGCAGUUUCAUUCAUACCUGCUAGUCUGAAGGAUGAUCCUGCAUACCAGAAGGUUAUAGCACCAAUCAGAAUCAAAUCGUUCGAUUCUGCUGUCAGUUCCAGAAAUGUUGAUGAUUCAAAUGCUAGUAUAAGAAGAUCUUAUUCUCAAAGGCCCCCAAAGGCUAUUGAGAGAACUGGUAAGGGUCUGUCACCAACAUUCUUGAACAAGCUGUCACUUCCUGGUAUGAUUGAUGGCGAGAGUCGGUUGCUACUGUCACAAAAUGAUUCAGAUGUUAUUGUUCCAAUUUAUGAUGAUGAACCAUCUAGCGUGAUAGCCCAUGCCAUGACUGUUCCAGAAUAUCGCAGCUUCUUGUUGCCACUUCUAGAUCAGAAUAAUGAAUCUAGUUUAUUGAAUUAUGGUUCUGAUCAGCCUCAACCUAUAACUGGAAAUGACUCUAAGGAUAACCAUUUGACUGUUUCUUUUGAGGAUGAAGACUCAUAUUCUGUUGAUAAAGCAAAAUUUUCUGUGACAUGUUAUUUUGCAAAGCAGUUUGAUGCAAUCAGGAGAAAGUGCUGUUCAGAUGAGCUAGACUAUAUCCGCUCCUUAAGUCGCUGCAAGAGAUGGAGUGCUCAAGGUGGCAAGAGUAAUGUCUACUUUGCCAAAACACUGGAUGACAGAUUUGUGAUAAAGCAAGUGACCCGGACAGAAUUAGAUUCAUUUGAGGAUUAUGCUGUUGAUUACUUCAAAUAUUUGACAGACUCUGUAUCAUCUGGGAGCCCAACUUGCCUCACUAAAGUCCUUGGUCUUUACCAGAUCACUGCCAAGAAUUUGAGAGAUGGAAAGGAGCUGAAGAUGGAUGUAAUGGUCAUGGAAAACCUAUUUUUCAAGAGGAAGGUAUCAAGAAUAUAUGACCUAAAGGGCUCUUUGCGUUCGCGCUACAACCCUGAUACUUCAGGGAACAACAAGGUUCUCUUGGAUCUUAAUCUGUUAGAGACACUUCACACAAAGCCCAUUUUUCUUGGAAGCAAAGCAAAAAGAAGGCUGGAACGAGCUGUCUGGAAUGAUACUUCUUUUCUGGCAUCGGUGGAUGUGAUGGACUACUCUCUCCUAGUCGGCAUUGAUGAAGAAAGAAAAGAGCUUGUGAUGGGGAUUAUCGACUAUCUUCGGCAAUACACUUGGGACAAACAACUAGAGACUUGGGUGAAGGCGACAGGAUUUCUAGGUGGCUCCAAGGAUGUUCUACCGACCAUCAUAUCUCCGGAUCAGUACAAGAAGAGGUUCAGGAAGGCCAUGUCGAAGUACUUCUUGGCUCUCCCUGACCAAUGGUCACCGUAA